AUGGCAGCGACUACAGCGACGACGUCGAGUGGUACGUCCGAUGUAGCGCACAAUCAUGAAAUUCCCUUCCCCGCCACGGCUUCCGCCGCGCAUCUCUCGUGCGCGGGAAAUGCUCAGAAAGCACCCCUCGCCAGCCUUCCUACCCGAACCUUCCUUCGUUCUCUGUUUCUCACCAGCGCGAUGGCUUCGCCUCUUUUGACGCCUUGUCUCUUGCUUAUGAAGCUUCUUGUCGAUUCACCCUCCAAACUGCUGCGUCCUUCCUCUAAUCCCGCAAUGGACUAUCUUCUCCGUCGCACCAUCUACGAUCACUUUUGCGCCGGGACGAAUGAGGUCGAAGUCCGUCAGACUGUCCAUGAAAUGAAGCGGCUAGGUUACAAGGGAGUUAUUCUGGGGUACGCAAGGGAGUCGAUCGCACAUGUGAACCAGUGUUCCCACCAGGAAACGAGAGCUGCUGUGCUGCAGGAACAGCAACAGCAGGCGCAGUGGGAAGAAGCCGUCGAGGAAUGGAAAGAAGGAAAUCUUCGUACCCUGAAGAUGUUAGGCGAAGGGGACUAUCUGGCUAUCAAAUUCACCGGCGCCGGUCCGCUUGCUGUGCACUCGCUCACGCGGAGUGAUCCUCUUCCUCCACCACAGAUCAAAGCCGCUAUAUAUGAGAUAUGCGCGGCUGUAGCAGCACAGAAAUCCCGGCUGUGGAUUGACGCGGAACAGCAGGUGUUCCAGGCAGCAAUUGAUUCUUGGGCGGUGGAUCUGAUGCGGAUGUUCAAUCGUCCGGGUGAGAUAACCAAAGAGGACACGCCUAUCGUUGUUCUGAACACCUAUCAGGCUUAUCUCAAGCGCUCGGCCGAUAUCCUGGCCGGACAUCUACGUCUAGCACGGAAAGAGGGUUGGGGCGUAGGUGUAAAGUUAGUCCGAGGGGCGUAUAUCGCACAUGACCAACGGGACAAAAUCUGGAAGACGAAAGAAGAGACAGAUACAAAUUAUAACGGAGUCGUGAGGGCAAUGAUAGAGGGAAACUACCCUUCAUCCUCCACAUUACGGGGCACAGGAUCUGAGCUUGAAUCUCAAGGGCCAGAGGAUCUUCCAACGGUGCGACUGUUCGUGGCUUCACAUAACGGGGAGAGUGUAGCCAAAGCGUGCACUCUCUACCAACAACGAAGGAAGGAUGGUCGGAAGACGAUUCCUGUCGAGGUAGGUCAGCUGCAGGGGAUGGCGGACGAGGUUAGUUUGGGAAUGGUCGCUGCCGGAGGUCAUGCGGAAACGAAGCCCGGGGUGUUCAAGUGCUUGGCUUGGGGUUCCACGGAGGAAUGUCUACACUUUCUGUUGCGACGGGCAGUAGAGAAUCAGUCGGCAAUGCAGCGGACGAAAGACACAGCGCAGGCGCUGAGAGGCGAGGCAUGGAGAAGGGCGGUGGCUUUCAUGCGAGUAUGGCGAGUAUGAGAAGUCAGGGUCGUAGACAGCCCAGUGAUCAAACAUGAUGUGAUGUGUAAACGAUGCUGUUCUUGGGUGUGUUUCCUUUGUCUGUUCCUCCGUUCUUUGUAUUACAUGCAUGCCGAGGAUCGGAGUAUUGAGCCCCGCUUACUGCCCAGGAUAUCGAUUGCUUCGACAUAAUAGGAAUCGUCAUCAUCGAUGACCAUUUCGCGCUCACACCCCUCAAGCACUUCAAGUACGUAGUAUCGGCAAUCCCAUUCGAGGGUCUCGUGGUCGACCGGAGUGGCGUCCACGACGGCCUGGAUAGUGGGGAUUUUCACGUUGCCAAAGUCCGAGACUCUGAUUGACUGGGUAUAAAUGGGGAUAUUCCAGGGGUCAUUGUGGGUAGUGACUUUAGUGAAACCCGGGUGUUCCCCGUCGACUUCGAACAGGUGAUCCUCGGUGUCGGUGUGGAGAUGCAGGGCCCAAAUGCUAAAAAUUGCCAUAGCGAGGAUGGAAG